GUGGUUUUCCAAGAGUGGUAACUUUUUAUCUUCACUAUCUUCUAGGGAUGAAAAUUUUAUUUUGUGUGUGAUACAAUUGACACUAGUUGUACGAGGCUGUUUUUUGUCUCACAGUUUUGUGGAUCCAGAUUUCUGUGGACCCAGAAGUAUAAGAUUGGGGUCUACAAAUUUGUGAGACAAAAAGGAGCCUCAUACAACUAGUGUCAGUUGUACGAGACACAAAAUAAAACUUUUCCCUGCAUUCAAUUUCAAAGUAUCAUCUUAGGGUCGGCCUGAAACAACCUCUCUAUCUCCUAGAGGUAGGGAUAAGGUCACUCUACACACUACCCUCUCCAAACCCCUGUAUUUGUUAUUGUUGUAUACAAUUUCAAAGUAACUUGUAUUUACAAUUUCACCGAAAACACAAAAAAAAAACAAGAAACAAAGAUGGUUUUCUCCGGGGGUGAAGAACAUCAGGGUACAUUUCAACAAAACUAUGAUAAACAGAGUGAAUUAAAAGCAUUUGAUGACACAAAGGCUGGUGUCAAAGGGGUUGUUGAUGCUGGAAUUACUAAAGUACCCCGGAUGUUCAUUCAUCCACAAGAAAGCAUACAUAACUCCUCAAACUCCACUGAGAAAAAUUUCAUUUUUCCAGUAAUUGAUCUUGAAGGCAUUGAUCAUCCAAUCAAGCAUAAAGAAAUUGUCGAUAAAGUUCGAGAUGCAUCAGAGACAUGGGGAUUUUUUCAAGUGGUUAAUCAUGGAAUUCCAUUACCUGUCCUUGAAGAAAUGUUACAAGGAGCCCGGCGAUUUUUCGAGCAAGAUAUCGAGAUUAAGAGACAAUAUUAUACUCGAGAUAAUACAAAAAAAGUGGCACAUGUUAGCAAUUUUGAUUUGUAUAGCACAUCUGUUCCAGCAGCAAGCUGGAGAGACUCACUUUAUUGUGUUAUGGCUCCUAAUCCUCCUGAUCCAGAGGAACUGCCAGUAGCAUGCAGGGAGAUUUUAAUGGAUUUUUCUGAGCAUAUGAUGAAAUUAGGCUACUCAUUACUGGAAUUAUUGUCCGAGGGUCUCGGUCUCAAUUCUUGUCAUCUUAAAGAUAUGAACAUUGCUGAGGGGCUAUCUAUUGGCCACCAUUACUAUCCAGCAUGUCCUCAGCCGGAACUCACUAUAGGCACCAGAAAGCAUUCAGACUGUGUUUUUAUGACAGUGCUUCUGCAAGAUGAUAUAGGAGGUCUACAAGUUCUUCACCAAAAUCAGUGGAUUGAUGUUCCUCCUUUAUCGGGCGCUCUAGUGGUGAAUAUUGGAGAUAUGCUGCAGCUAAUAUUAAAUGACAAGUAUCUAAGUGUUGAGCAUAGAGUAUUGUCAAAUAAAGUAUGUCCAAGAAUAUCAGUCCCAAGCUUCUUCAGCACAGGUGCAUUUCCUUCUUCCAGGAUUUAUGGACCAAUUAAGGAAUUGUUAUCAGAAUGUAAUCCGCCAAAGUAUCGUGCAACCACAGUGAAGGAAUAUACAGACUUCUUCCGCAGUAAAGGCUUUGAUGGAACUUCUGCAUUGCAGCAUUACAAGAUCCUAUCCUAGAAAUGAAGAAAUUUAAUCGAAUGCAUAUCAGAGCUCAGAAUCGAACUUAUGAUGUACAAUUAGCCGAUAAAUAUACUGUAACUAAAUUUCCAUAGAUGUUGACAAAUGCCUUGCUAAUUUUCUGUUGAAAUUUGUUUUAAUAAAUCA